AUGGCGCUGGUGCCCUACGCGGCGGGCAGCCACGGCGCCCUGGCCGCCCUGCACUGCCCGGCCGCCACGUUCCGCUUUGCAGGCCGCCCGCUCCGCAUCCGCCAGCGCUGGGCGCAGCUCGGYGUCGCCGCCGUCGUCUGGGACGCGGCRGUGGUGCUGAGCACCUUCCUGGAGGCGGGGAGCAUCGACCUCCGCGACCGGCACGUGCUGGAGCUGGGCGCCGGCACGGGGCUGCCGGGCAUCGUGGCYGCCUUGCUGGGUAAGCGCGGCCGCUCGCCGCGGCGUGUCCCCGCAGGCGCCCGCGUCACCCUCACGGACCGCGCGGACGCGCUGGAGCUGCUGGAGGCCAACGUGCGCGACAACCUGCCGCCCGAGGCGCUGCCGCGCGCCGCCGUGCGCGAGCUCGCCUGGGGCCAGGGCCUGGGCGCCUUCCCCGCUGGCGCCUUCGACCUCGUGCUGGGCUCCGACAUCGUCUACCUGGAGGAGACRUUCGCGGCGCUGCUGCGCACGCUGGAGCACGUGUGCGCCGCGCGCACGCUCGUGCUGCUCGCCUGCCGCCUGCGCUACGAGCGCGACCACCGCUUCCUGCGCCUGCUGCGCGCCCGCUUCGCCGUCCGCGAGCUGCUCCACGACGCCGGCACCGACGUGCGCAUCUACGAGGCGCGGAAAGCAGCGCGCGGGGACGAGCUCUGACCGAGCGCGGCCUGCGUGCCGUGCAGCCCUCUGUGCUUUGACCAAAUGCUCUCGUUUUAAAGCAGAAAACGGCAAGGAUUGGGGUUUUUUGGGCCCUUGUCCCGGGAUGGUGCAGGCUGCCCCUCUGCGUGGUGGAGCUCUGCUUCACCCCUCGGCGUGAGAUGUGCGAAGUCUCCUCCUGACUUGAUAUUGGGGGUCAUUUCUUGAAGCCGAUUAAGUUGUAGAAAUCUCUGGGCAUGAAAAAUAUUAUUAAAAGAUCUGUUGUUUAAAACCAAA